AUGCCUAUUAUCGACAAGUUUAAAGAUAUGGGAACUGUUGUUAUGGGCAAAGUAGAAUCUGGUAGCAUUAGUGAAGGUGACAAUUUGUUAGUCAUGCCAAAUAAGGCUCAAGUGAAAGUCCUUGCCAUAUUUUGUGAUGAAGAUAAAGUUAGGCAAGCUGGACCUGGUGAGAAUUUACGGGUCAGGUUAUCUGGGAUUGAAGAAGAUGACAUCUUAUCGGGAUUUGUCCUGUCGGGUGUUGCAAAGUCAAUACCUUCAGUGUCUGAAUUUGUUGCCCAGUUGCAGAUCCUGGAGUUGCUGGACAAUGCAAUUUUUACUGCUGGCUACAAGGCUGUGUUGCACAUUCAUGCUGUGGUAGAGGAAUGUGAGAUAGUUGAGCUGAUGCAGCAGAUAGAUCCAAAGUCAAAAAAACCAAUGAAAAAGAAACCACUCUUUGUGAAGAAUGGUGCUGUUGUUGUAUGCCGCAUUCAGGUGAAUAACCUGAUAUCCGUUGAGAAUUUUUCCGAUUUUCCACAGCUUGGAAGGUUCACUCUUCGCACCGAAGGUGACAAACAUCUAACAGUUAGUCCUGUAUCUGAUGGUCCACCUUUUGAUUUUGAUUUUCAUUUCUAUGAUGGUUGCUAUCAAAUGUUGAAAAACGCAAGUGGGAGGUGUAGAAAAAGGUCUGAUUUAUGUGUUUGUGUUCCGAUUAAGCAGUAUGAGCUUAAUGGCUGUGCAAGAUUCUGCCUAAAAGUGGUUGACUGGGUGUUGAAUUGA